AUGAUGAAUAAAAAUGAUGAGGAAAAUGGAUUAUAGAGUCAAAUAGAAAUGUCCUUAAUUUCUCUUAUGAAAUUAAAUCUCUUCCUAAAUAUGAUUACUUAGACAGAAAUAAUUGGAAAAAUGCAAUGGUCAUUUAAUCAUGAGAUUGAUAGCUAAACCAAAAAGUAUAAGCUUAUUUUUUUAUCAGGAGAGCUUGCAUAGCCAAAUUUAUGAGUUAAAUUUUAGAUUUUUUUAAGAAUUAAGUGCUCCAAAUAUUUAUUGACAAAGUUAUUGCAUUAUUUCAAGAUAACAUACUAAUUCAACUUUAAAAUCAUCAAAACUGA